CUAUACAGAUACGAUGACGUCAGCAAUGAAGCGCUGAACUAAAACAAUCAACCUCACUCGCUUGCUCUCGGACUGGACAUUGCAGCCAUUAGGAUUUUACAAGAUCAAGUUAUCUAUACAUUUGUAAAGUCGUCUUUCAUAUAAUACUUCGCUCUUUUAUUCUAUUGACUAACCCACUUUGUGCGGACCGCGUUACAGCUUGUGCCUCUUAUCUCUCGCGCAACCUCUCCCCAAAAGCAUGUCUUCGAAGCCCAUUGACGAACUAGGUUCGGAGGGGAAAUGGUUUGGGGACGAUUAUGAAAGAAAUGGCCUGUUUGGAAGUACCCCAACACGAUUUGAAGAGCUACGUGAAGAUUUAAAACCGAAAGGCAGGGAGGAGACGAGCGACCUGGAACAACAAUUCCAUCAAUUUGAGGACGAUGGCAAAAGGCCUCCCGUUGCUAUGGAAACUGCAUCUACAGGUGGCGCCAUGUCUGACCUUUUCCGGAAGCCCAUGAGUGAUGAUGUUGACCUGUACACGUCUCUCCUGUCCAAUCAGAGUUACCCCUCAGGCCAAGAUGCCUCUUACUUGUCUGAUGAUCUGAAAUGCCCCUCUGGCCCCCCUUCUCAGGAUAACUUUGACUCCUUUGGAAUCUUUGGUUCCUCCAACACCAAGAAGACCAAUGACCUAGUUGAUGAGAUGCCCAAGUCCCUGCUGGGGGGCUCAGAGUCUAAGACUGAAGCCUACAACUACAUGGAUAUCAGCCAUGGUGAUGAUGUCCAUAACCAACAACAGAGCCAAGGGACCCUGCAUAGCCUGAUGGAUACUGGGCUGUCCGGCAUGGACUCCCUAGGGGGCUACAUGGAUAAGAGUCAUGCAGGACUCGAGGAAGAGGAAGAUGAAGAGGAGGAGAACCUGGGUCCAGCGCUGGACUCUCACUCCUUUCCCUACGUAGAAGACCCAUCUGAGGACGAGGAGCUGUCUGACUACCGCUCCUACCGCAACCUGGGCACCCCCCAGCCCGCUAGCCCUGUGAAAAUCACCUUGACCGAGUCGCUCCCCCCUCCUGCUGCCAAACCCACCCCCCCACAGCCCAGCGUGUCUGACAACAUCCUCAGCCUGGGCCUGCAGGGUGUACCGACUGUUACUCUGUCUGAGCCCGAGGACGACAGCCCAAACUCUUCCCCCAACAUGUCCCCAACAGAAAAAGAAUCUCCUUCCCAAGACCUGUUCAAGAGCGCCCCUAGCAACAAGCCAGCCCCAUCCUCAGCCAAGGCCAGGGAACAGGAUGGGAGCAGUGCGGAGUCUGGGGACUCUGAGAUAGAGCUGGUGUCUGAAGAACCUCCACUGCAGAGCCCCUCCGGCAUCAGGUCCAGUACCAACCCCUUUGAGAAACCACCCAGCAGCAAGGGAGGUUUUACCCAGGCUGGCAACCCCUUUGAUAACCCUCCCAGUGCCAAGGGGCCCACAUCCUUUGACAACCCUCCCAGUGCCAAGGGGCCCACAUCUUACAGCAUUCUGAGGGAGGAGAGGGAGGCGGAGCUGGAUAGUGAGCUCUUCAUCGAGUCGGCCAAUGAGGAGAGUCCCAAAAGACAGGGUUCCGACCCUAAAAAGGCGGUCAGUGCCCCUUUGCCUCUGAUUCCCACCUCUGUGCCCUCUGCCCGCCCCCCCCCAGAGGUGGUCCCGGUCGAGCCUGUCACGAGCUCCGUGACAAAAUCAUCCAGUGACAAUAGCAAGAGCCCCGUGAAGAUGGAGGAGGAUCGCCCCGCCAAGCCCAAGCCCCCCACGGCAUCUGUACCCCCGGAGGUGAGGUUGGAGAGGCCCCUACAGGACAGCACACACGUCACAGAAGGGAAAGGAGACCUGGCUAAGCCUCCAGGACCAGCCUUUAUGGGGGGCUUUGACAAACAGAAAGCCAUUGACCUGCUCUACUGGAGGAAUGUGAAGCAUUCAGGAGCUGUAUUUGGCAGCGUGCUCCUUCUCCUCUUCUCCCUGACCCAGUUCAGUGUGGUCAGCGUCGGGGCCUACUUAGCAUUGGCCACCCUCUCUGCCACCAUCAGCUUCAGGAUCUACAAGUCUGUGCUUCAGGCCGUGCAGAAGACCGAUGAGGGACACCCCUUCAAAUCCUACUUGGAGAUGGAGAUCUCCCUGUCCCAGGAUCAGAUCGGUAAAUACGCCGACAAGGCUCUGCUCUACGCCAACACCUGUAUGAAGGAGCUCCGCCGGCUGUUUCUAGUGCAGGACCUCAUUGACUCGCUCAAGUUCGCUGUGCUGAUGUGGCUGCUGACCUACGUGGGAGCUCUCUUCAAUGGCCUGACUCUGCUUAUUCUGGCUGUGGUGUCUAUGUUCAGCAUGCCCAUUGUCUAUGAGAAACACCAGGCACAGAUUGACCAAUACGUGGGACUAAUACGGACCCAAGUGAACUCUGUGGUGGGGAAGAUUCAGGCGAAGAUCCCCGGGGCCAAGCGAAAGGAAGAGUAGACCCGAGUCUAGUUAACAGUAGAGUCCAGCUCAGACUCGGAGGCAGACAGCUUGAUCAUUGUCGGGGAGCCAUGUCAUUAUCUGUUGGGGUUGUACUGUCGUCUAGGUGUUCUCUGAAACCAAACAAUGGAGAGUCCCUGACCCCACGCGUCUAGAACAAUUAACACACUAAUACACACAGUAAAUCACUUAUGCUCAAGAUCUUCUGUCUAGGUAGCCAAGUACAGAAUUCUAAACAAAAAAGGAACCAGACUUUUCUUUUGUGUUGCUUGUUAUUAAGUGCAUGAAGUCAGCCUUGAGUAAAUAAUAUUUGAUAUAUUUUGUGCAGUUUUUUUCACGCAAAUCUUUUUUUGUUGCAGUGCUUUAAACAAACUAAGGUUUGGCACAAAAAAAAUGAUAUGCCCACAGAAUUGCUCUGUUGCCAAUGUUAAAUACUGCUUCAUGUUUCUGAGUUAGCUGGUGGGGCUUCUCAGUAUAUGUCUAUAUAUAUAUAAAAAAUGGAUUUCCUUUCGGUGUUUUCAAGCACAUAAUAAUUUGACAAUAGGCGUAUUAGAUGUGGUAAUUGUAGUUUCUUUUGUUGUUGCUUUUGUAUAACUAUAAGGAACUAUACACAAGCUCAUGUUUUAGGUACUGUUGUUUGACUACUAUGACAACGAGGAGUAUCUGAUGAUAUUUAGCUUGUUUGAAUUAACUGUCCAACUUUGUACAAUGUUCAACUAUACUCAAUGUAGUUCUUAGACCCUGGACUCUUAACUAUUUGCACUUACAGUAUGUAUUUAAUUACAGAAUAAAAUGAAUAAAUGUUCCUUGAUGUA